AUGCCGGUGCUCCCAGGGGCCCUGCGGCGCGUCAGGCGACGCCCAGGCCUGCUCGGCGCUCUCCUCGCGCUGCUGGCGCUGGCGUGGCUCGCGCUGACGGUCAGCCGUGGCCUCGAGAAGCCUGCCGACUGGCACCGUGUGCUGCUCUUGACCGCUCAUCCGGACGACGAGGUGAUGUUCUUCGCGCCAGUCGUCCAUGCGCUCUCGUCUCGCACCGAGGUCUUUGGGCUCUGCCUGAGCGAGGGCAACGCCGACGGCCUUGGCGCUGUGCGGCGAGAGGAGCUGAAGCAGGCGUACAGCGUGCUCGGCGUGGACGAGAAGCGUGUCUGGAGCACAGAUGACCCACAUCUGCAAGACGGCAUGAAGGUGCAGUGGGACCCGCUCUACAUCGCAAAUAUCGUCGAGCAGCACAUUCAGAGGAUAGGCGGCAAGCUCGAUGCAAUCAUCACCUUCGAUGCCCGAGGCGUCUCCGGCCACGCCAAUCAUGUGGCGCUGCAUGCCGCUGCGCCGCACCUCUCUGCGCCGGUCUAUGCGCUGCGCACACUGCCGCUGGCGCUUAAGUACCUCGGCCUGCCAAGCGCGCUGCUGCGGCAUCUCUCGAGCACCCUGGCUCAAGACGGCGCCCGACGCUUCCUCUCGUCGCCACUCGAGUACGUGCGCACGCUGCUGGCGAUGCGCAAGCACGCCUCGCAGCUGGUCUGGUUCCGCUACCUCUACGUGCUCGCCUCGGCGCACAUGUGGUCCGCUGUGCUGGACCUCGUCGCGAGGCCGAUGCCGCAAUAG